AUGUUGGCUGGCCCACCCCACGUAGACUGGCGCAUCAAAGUCUUCCUAUCCUUUUUAACCCCUCCAUCUGAUGUGUUACUUAAGUUGUGCUUAGACUAUCUUUAUAAGUAUAGUUUGUGCCUUUUUGCCCGAGUUACACUCUUCCGGUAUAUAUUAUUAUUAUUCACAUUUUUUACUUGUCAAAGUUUUCUUCUUAUUUAUUUCGCUUCUUUCUUUCAUUUGGGGUUGUUUUCGUUCUCUCUCCUUUAUCAAGUUUUAGUUUACUCUUUCUUUGACAAAUUUUAUUCUUCCUUUCUUAGACAAGCUUUGAAUUCUUUCUUUCCUAAACUUUAUUCUCAUCUUAUUUUCUUUUGGGGUUCUUUAGGGGCAAUUUUCUCUCUCUCUCUUUGCCAAGCUUUGCAUUUUCUCUCUCUCUCUCUCUCUCUCUCUUUGCCAAGCUUUGCAUUUUUCUCUCUCUCUCUUUGCCAAGCUUUGCAUUUUUCUCUCUCUCUCUUUGCCAAGCUUUGCAUUUCUCUCUCUCUCUCUCUCUUUGCCAAGCUUUGCAUUUCUCUCUCUCUCUCUCUCUUUGCCAAGCUUUGCAUUUCUCUCUCUCUCUCUGCCAAGCUUUGCAUUUCUUUCUCUCUCUCUUUGCCAAGCUUUGCAUUUCUCUCUCUCUCUCUCUCAAGCUUUGCAUUUCUCUCUCUCUCUCUUUGCCAAGCUUUGCAUUUCUUUCUCUCUCUCUCUGCCAAGCUUUGCAUUUCUUUCUCUCUGCCAAGCUUUGCAUUUCUUUCUCUCUGCCAAGCUUUGCAUUUCUUUCUCUCUGCCAAGCUUUGCAUUUCUUUCUCUCUGCCAAGCUUUGCAUUUCUUUCUCUCUGCCAAGCUUUGCAUUUCUUUCUUUCUCUCUCUCUCUUUGCAAAGCUUUGCAUUUCUUUCUUUCUUAAACUUUUUCCUCAUCUCAUUUUCCUUUAUCGACUAAUUUUUCCGCUCUUUUUUCCUUUUAGCAAUUUUGUUUCUUCUACUUUGACAAUUUACUUUCCUUUUUUUUUGGGUGGGGGCAAUUUUCUUCCUUUGGGGGGAUUCUUUUGCAGGGAGGCAAUUUACUUUUUUUUUUUUGACAUUUUUUUCUUUUUCGUUAUUUUUUUUUUCAUAGGCAAAUUUUAUCGUUUUUCAUAUUUCUUUUGGCAAAUUUUGUCUUCAUUCCCUUUUUCCAUAUUUUUCUUUCUUGCCAACUAUUUCCUUCCUUUUUCUCUGUUUGUUGCAUUUUUCCUUGUAAAUAAUUUUUUCUUUUAUUCCGUCUAUCGUCUUUUCUUCCCUCUUUUACUUUCUUUUAUUCCACAUUUCUUUCAUCUAUUUCUAUUUUAUUUUUCCUUCCGCCCAUUCCUUCACUUGUCUCUACUCGUAUUUUUCCUUCCUCCCAUUCCUUCACUUGUCUCUACUCGUAUUUUUCCUUCCUCCCAUUCCUUCACUUGUCUCUACUCGUAUUUUUCCUUCCUCCCAUUCCUUCACUUGUCUCUACUCGUAUUUUUCCUUCCUCCCAUUCCUUCACUUGUCUCUACUCGUAUUUUCCCUUCCUUCCAUUCCUUCAUUAGCCUAUUCACAUUUUCCUUCCUUCCUUCAUUAGCCUAUUCACAUUUUCCUUCCUUCGUCUAUUCAUAUUUUUCUUUCCUUCCUUCAUUUGUCUUUCUUGAUAUUUUCUUUCCUUCCUUCAUUUUCCUCUAUUCAUAUUUUUCUUUCCUUCCUUUGUCUCUCUCCUUAUAUUACUUUUUUCUCUUCCUAUAUUUGUUAGUUUCUCUCACUGAAUUGUUCUCUUUCAUUUCUUUCUUUUUUAUAUCAGUUUUUUUUUUUUCUCUCGGUUUUCUUUUCUUUCAUUGUUUUCUAUUUGUUUCUCAGUAA